GACGCCGCGUCGACGAUUUUGGAAACCCCAUAAAUACGUCAGAAACGCCAUAUUGUGAGAAACAGGAAGAAAACUAACAAGAUUUAAGACUUUUAUUGCUAUUUACACAGAAAAAAAGACUUAUAAUACUAUAUAGUGAAAAUGGCAGAUGAUUUUGAUGUAGAAGCUAUGCUUGAAGCACCUUACAGAAACAAAGAGGAUGAUGGAAGAGGAGAUGCUUCAUCGUAUGACCGUGGAGACAGAAGGAAAAGAAGAGGUGACGAAGAUAGACAUAGAGACAGAAGAGAUCGUGGAGAUCGUGAUAGAGGAGACAGUAAUCGUAGAAGAGAUCAUGAUAGAAAGAGAAAUGACAGAAGCAGGGACAGCAGAAGAAGCCGGAGUAGGGAAAGGGAAAGACGUAGGAGUCGAGAUAGAGGAAGUGGUAGGAGAAGUAGAAGUUUUGACAGAUUUAAGAAGAGGUCACCACCACGAAGGAAAAGUCGCAGCAGGUCUCGUGAAAGAGGAGGUGGAGGAAGAGAUCGUAGCUCUAGUACAAGUCCCUUCAAAUUCACUAGAUUGGCAGGACCUGAUCUUACUCCAGAAGAGAGAGAUGCAAGAACUGUAUUUUGUAUGCAACUUGCAGCCAGAAUUCGCCCAAGAGACCUGGAAGAAUUUUUCUCUUCAGUUGGAAAGGUUCGAGAUGUCAGAUUGAUUAUGGACAACAAAACAAGAAGAUCCAAAGGAAUUGCAUAUGUUGAGUUUUAUGAUACAGAAUCAGUGCCACUAGCUAUUGGACUAACAAAUCAAAAACUUUUGGGUGUUCCUAUAAUUGUGCAACCAUCACAAGCAGAGAAAAAUAGACUUGCCAAUGCUACAAACAUAUUAACGAAAGGAUUAAAAGGACCUAUGAGAUUAUAUGUCGGUUCUUUACAUUUUAAUAUAACUGAGGAAAUGUUGCGUGGUAUAUUUGAACCAUUUGGCAAGAUUGAUGAUAUUAAGCUGAUACGAGACCAUGAAACUACAAGAUCUCAAGGCUAUGGUUUUAUCACAUUCACUGAUGCAGAGGAAGCAAAGAAAGCUUUGGAACAGUUGAAUGGAUUUGAGCUUGCUGGUAGACCAAUGAAAGUUGGACAUGUGACAGAGAGACAAGUUGAGUUACAACAGAAUUCCAUGUUAGAUAGUGAUGAAAUGGAUCGUGCAGGAAUAGAUCUUGGUGCAACUGGUAGAUUACAGUUAAUGGCAAAACUUGCUGAAGGCACUGGUUUCCAGAUACCAGAGUAUGCAGCUUCUGCCUUAAACAUGGGACCUGGUCCUGCACCUCCAAAUGUGUCAGCAAUCAUGGGAAAUAAUCCACAGCCCCAACAACAGUCAGCCCCACCUAUAGCUACUCAGUGUUUUAUGUUGUCUAACAUGUUUGAUCCCACAUCAACCACAACUGACCCGCCCUGCAAUACAAUUAGUAUGUUAAAGGAAACAAAACCGAGCUGGGACCAAGAAAUCCGAGAUGAUGUUAUAGAUGAAUGUAAUAAACAUGGUGGUGUUUUACAUUUGUUUGUUGACAAAGCAUCACCACAGGGCAAUGUUUAUGUCAAAUGUCCUACCAUAGCAGCAGCAGUGGCAUCCGUCAAUGCAUUACAUGGCCGUUAUUUUGCAGGCAAAAUGAUAACAGCAGCCUACGUUCCAUUACCUAACUACCAUUCAUUAUUCCCUGAUGCUGUCAGAGCCAAUCAACUGAUGUUGCCAUCAACGCAAGCUUUACAGGCAGGAUAUUCAGGGAUAUUUAACAACAUGCAACAGCAGCCAAUGGGGAUCCGAUGACUUUAACAUGUUUUUAUUGUGGGGGAUAAAUGACUUUUUAUGUGAAAAUGUGAAGACACUUGACUUUUAACUGUAAAUUGUAUCUAAUGCUGAAAACAGUAAUUGUUAGUUAUUUAUAAUAUAAACUAUCUGUCAGAAUGCAGAAAUUUAUACAGUAAUGAAUGCUGAUCAUGUGUAUGAUCUAAGGAAUAAAAGUUUUAUAUAUUGUUA